GAUUUGUGCAGUGAAAACUAUCAAACUACGGGACGAGUCAGAAGGCAUCCCAGCAUCGGUAUUAAGGGAAGUAGGCCUAUUACAAGCACUACAUCAUCCUAAUAUAGUGGAGCUUCACUGUAGAUUUGGAAGCCUCCACCGUAUAUCUGGUAUUCGACUACUACCAUCAAGACCUUGCACGAUUUAUAGACCUCUCUACUGGGG